AUGGCAGUGAACAACGGCUCCCACGUGGACGAAGUCGACCCCCUGUUCAUAUCCUCGUGCUGGGGCUCCAACUCCAAUGAGUUCAUCGACGCCAACAAGCUCAUCAUGGAUGGCUCCAUCACCAACCUCGGGUCGGACAAGCUCCUCCUGGACCCGUCCUUCACCCAGGACGACCACGAAAUGGAGACCAAAGCGACCAUUGACGCCUUGGACAACCUGUUGCUCAACUCCUCCAGCAUGAACACCAGCCUGGCAGAGCUGAAGCCUCUGCCCCCGUUCACAGGCUACACGGCCAACCUGAGCAUCAACGGCAUCCAAGGCCACCACUACCACACCAUAUCCCAAAGAAUCCCCGAGGAGAACAACAACUCGUACAACAGCUACAACGAACAUAACAUAGUGUCUAGUUCGACGUGUAACGUGGGCGCCGAUACUAGUGACCAGGACGCGAAGAACUUCUUCUCUAGUGACGAUUAUGCGGAUUGUGUCGAUCCCGAUUCGAAGUACGAGGACUGCAACCACUCCUCGAUAGACUCGGGGACCCAAGUCAAAACGGAGAUAGCCGAGUACGAUAUCUCUUCGAUAGAAGACAUAGCUGCUAUCAUAGGCUCUGCUAUAGCCGAUACUACAGUGCCGAGCAACCAAGAUGGGGAAGACCCGUCUGGUUCUAGGGACAGCUGGAUGGACCUGGACGCUCUGAUAGACGGAGCUUGUGGAGACCAGCCGAAAGGCUUGAUCAUUACCCAUGACGGACUAUCAGAAUUCGUGAUACCAGGCGAAUACAAGAUACAGCAGUCUGUGGAGUACUCCAAAGUGCAGCCACAGCAGAGUGGAUCGACGUUGCAGACUUUGCUGACGCACGGCUACAUGCCUCUCCUGCAGAACAGGCUACAAAACGGUGCUAACGUGAAGCAAGAAGUCCCUAGUUCUACCUUCGGUGCUGAUAUGAUUACGACGUCAAGUCCCCCAGCUAACGUGGUUUCCACCACGGACAACCUUCUGGUGACUGUGAAUGGUAGGUUCCUGCCUCAGUACAUCCACAGUUUGAACGAAGACCAUAGGGUGCGGAGCCCAGAUAUGCUGGGACAGAAUUAUCCACAUACCACCACCACUAACACUCCUAGCACGUCUAGAAAGUCUAGGUGCAACAGGAAAAAGCACCAGCCAUCUUCCAGUUCUAGCGUAUUUCAGGCGGAUCAGAGUCUGGGGAUGCUAGGCAAAGAGAAGCCGGUGCAUAGGUGUACUAUUUGUAAUAGGGGGUUUUUGAAUAAGAGUAAUAUCAAGGUGCAUUUGAGAACGCAUACGGGGGAGAAACCUUUCAGGUGUGACACAUGCGCUAAAGCUUUCAGACAAAAAGCUCAUUUGCUGAAGCACCAGCAGAUUCAUAAGAGAAUUGGUCGCGAUUGA